AUAGAAAAACCCGGUUUCAAGUCAAACUAUUUAUGUAUGUUUAGGUAUACUUCUUUGAAUUUUAUCCGUACAACAGUUAACUUAUUUUACCUCUUAAUAUUGAAUACAGGUCACUUAUAUACUGUUCGGGCUCUUUCUUCACCUCUUCAAGUUACGCUUCAACUUCUUUGAUUCAAUGGAAAUUGGAAUGUCAUCAACUCAGCCUGCAUCUGAGAGUGAUCGCCGUCUAGACCAACGAGUUUAUAAUACUCCUACUGCCUCACAAGUUGCUGCAAUAUGGGUGGAGGAUAACAACACAGAAACUCCAGAAAGCAAACACAUUCGUGUUUAUGCUCAUAGUGAUGGUUAUACAGCAUCCACAUUCCGAGAAGGUGCAGAGAGAAUGGGGCUUCUAACAGAAAAUGCUGCUGCUGAUGUUUGCCUUGAAGAGGCUGUGAUGUAUCAAAUGCCCAGUAGUUUGCGGAGAUUAUUCGCGACACUAUUGGUGUUUUGUGACAUUCCAAAUCCAAGAGAGUUAUGGGCUAAAUACAAAAAGUAUCUAUAUGAAGAUUUUUCGCAGGUACACAUCUACACUCCAUUGGAAAUGGAAACAAUGACACUAAAACUUAUUGGAGAUAUUACUGAAGCACUUGGAAAAAGUCUACCACCCCACACAUUAGUUCUAAAAAAGAAUUGUCCAGUAAUUCUUCUACGCAAUCUAAACCCGUGUGAAGGCCUGUGUAAUGGAACGCGCUUAAUUUGUGAUGCAUUUCACGAUCAUCUGAUAAGUUGUUUCAUUGCUUUUGGUGAAUAUAAGGGAAAGCAUGUCUUCAUACCAAGAAUUCCACUUGAGAUGUCUAGAGAUGAACGUUGCGCAAUCCCAUUUAAGAGAACUCAAUUUCCCGUCAAACUCUGCUUUGCAAUGACAAUAAAUAAAUCACAGGGUCAGACACUCGAAUUCGCAGGAAUCUUUCUUAGGCGACCAGUCUUCUGUCAUGGACAACUAUACGUUGCAAUGUCGCGGGCCAAAAAUGCUGCCUCCAUCAAGAUGCUUAUCUAUGAUGAAAUAGAUAAUUCGAAGACCACAAAUGCUACCGCAAACAUAGUGUAUAGUGAAAUCAUUGAAUAGCUUACAUAGGGAAGCACUAGCAGCUGCAAUAGAAAAGUAAACUACAUAGAAGGAAUCAAUUUUAAAUGCAUGCUGUGUGGUGACCCUGAAGCAAAAACAAUUAAGAGAUUCAGAAUUCUGGCCGAAAUAAAAGAUGAGCUUAGUG